CCUUAAUAUUAUGCUUUAUGUAAGAAGCACGAAUGCGGUGCAUUGUGGGUUAAUCUAUAUAUGCAAGCCCAAUACCACGCACUUGUCACACACGAAACAAAACCUAAAGCUAACAUGUUGGCGUGAUUAAAAAUCUCUCAAAAUCUAAACCUCUUCUAAGCGAGCUGGACUUGCCGAGGAAGAAGUUGAUAUAACGUUGAUCGUUACUACUUUUUGCUUCAAUCUGUGAUGCCCCUUUUCUUGUUUGAUUUUCCUGAUAUUUCGUUUGACUUGCUGCUUUGAGAAUAGACUUGGAGACAAUCGAGAAGUUGAUGGUUAUCUGAGGAAAGAUAGGAGUGGGAAAGUUUCUGCUCGGAAAGUACAAUAAUGGCGUCCCUAGCAGCGGGCUGCCGUCCCGGUAGUGGUCAAGUGACACUUAGAAGGCUUCUUGUGUUUCUCGUAUUAACCAGUUUCGUUGCAUCGUCCCUUGGUGCUGUACCGAGGGUGACUCGGAUAGAUCCAAGAGUUGGAAGUCUUCGUGGUGCCACCAGGAUCGAAAUCUCUGGAAGUGGAUUUAGCAAGGACCGAUUCAGCUUUGGGCAAGGAAACGAAGACCUUGGGAACAGAGUUCUUUUCCGUAAUUCGACCACAUCUAUACCAUGUGAUGUUUUGGAUUACUAUAGCAACGAAAAUAAGAUCGUCUGCGAGACCAGGACUGGGUCUGCUGGUACAUAUGAUAUCUACGUUGAAGUAGACGGACAAUCCAUUACCGACGCAGGUGGAUCGUACUGCAACUCUGCAUCAAAUUGUCAGUUUACUUACCAAAGCGGGCGUACCCCAACCAUUGACUAUGUCACACCGACUUACAAUAUUCCAGAGCAACCCCUUACGAUCCGAGGGAGGAUCUAUACGGAGCUUUACGACGCAACUCAACUCAAUGAGGAGGAGGAUGACGCAGAAGACCUUGGAGAUGAUCCCUUAGUCAUUCAGCGUAUCUACUGGGGACCUCAGAUCAUAUGUGAUCCGGAAGAUCCUGAAACAGAAGCACCAUAUGGUAUAGAGCUAGAUGACGAGGAUUCAACAUGGGGGACUAUCAUGUGCAGACCAGAUACUCCUCUCGUUGGUUCAUACCGCCUCACAUACCUCGUCUCUGGAGCGUACGGUCGAUCGUUGUCCGAUACAGACACCCUCUACGUCAGUGGGGAGGACAAGCUUUACCAUUACCAGACUCAUGCAGAUAUCUCUAGUGUGUCUCCUGUAGAGGGCAGUCUGUCCGGUGGCACGGAUGUCAUCAUUGAAGGAAGAUAUUUUGACUAUACCGAUCCCGAUCUUGCAGUUUACAUCGGAGGUGUUCCCUGUGACAUCUACAACGUUAGUAGUACAGAGAUCUUGUGUCGUACCAAUCCUGCCGAUGAUAACAUACUUCAUGUGAAUGCUACAGUAUUCCCUGGCGGCCGUGGGAUACUUCGAGAAGUCUGGAGCAAUACAGCCGGAGACGUCCGUGAUGAUUCCGACUUCAAUACCUCAGCAUCCGAUUACUGCUCUCACAUCCGCCAAUUCGCUAGUUCACCCGACGACGCCCCUUGUGGAGAAGGCAACAACUACGUCUCUCGCUUCAGAGGAUUCUUUGUACCACCGUCAGAUGGUUACUAUGCAUUUGGCAUCCAAAGCGAUGACAAUUCCGUUCUCUACUUCAGCCAGACCAUGUUCCCUGCAGAUAAGGUUGAGAUCGCAAGUAGCCCGUCGUAUUCCAACUCCAUAACUCGCUUCGAAGAACAGAUCUCAGCCAAGAUGUUCUUGGAAGGUGGAAAGUAUUACUACAUGGAAUCACGGAUGAGGGACUAUACAUCAGGAGAUUUCAUGUACGUUGGUGUGUUUAUGUCUAAUAGUUCCAUCAUAUCAUCGCAGUAUGAAGGGGCCACGAGUGAGGAACAGACAAUCACCAUUACAUCCGAUGUCCAAAAUGAAUAUCAGUCGGUAACAUACGGAGAUGGCCUUUACGAGACACAGGACGUCCGAGUCAGCCUCGGUUGUACAGGCAUAUUCUGUGAUGAUGAUGAUGACCAGUUCAUUAUGACCACUGUCCCCAGCGAGAUGGUCAACACUACGGAGGAUAACGCGACCACGGCUGAGAGUACCACGAUGACCAUGAUGAUGACGACGGAGAAUAGCACGGAGGGAAGCGGCAGCGGAAGUGGUUUCAUGGGAUACUUCCGUCUCAGUUAUGGUGCCUUUUCAACCGAUGACAUUGAAGUCGGUGCCUCAGCGAUGGAAGUUCAGGAUGCUCUAAACAUGUUACCCCUUGGAAACGGAUCGGGCACGAAUAUGACGUACGGUAACCUCUCUGUCACUGUAACUGCUUGGGAAGAGGGUGACCUCACCAUCUACAGAGUCAGGUUUAACUCCUUUGGUGCGUUCUCUCUUCUGGAAGAUGCUAGUUACGAUACCAAUGUGAGGGUGAAUAUUUCUCGGGUUACUGCUGGUGCAGUGAAUGGAACUGCGGUUCCGUCCAGUUUUAGACUCUCCUACGGCGGACGUAUUUCUGAACUUCUGACAUUCGAUGCCUCGGCUGAUGAUGUUCGCGAUGCCGUUUUAGACAUGAUCACGGUGAAAUGCGAAUCGACAAGCAGCGGCAGACCGUAUUAUUUCGUCGACUACGAGUCGGCCGCCGUCGGUUCAGAGUACGGAACUCGUGUGAACGAUCAGGAACCAUUCUGUGGACGAACCUCGCUUCGUAAUCCCAACUGGGUAUUUUACGCCGGGGUAAUGGGAUCUGUUUCAAGUGUUGAUCUGCGAUACACAAGCAAGUUUUGUUUGGGACAUCGUGGAACUGGUUUUGAGAAAUGGUUUUAUGUCUGGGUGUCAUGGAUUGAUAAGAGUAAGAGCAGCCGAUUCAACGCAAUCUACAUCAAUGGCGGCUUCGUCCAAAAUAACAAUUGGCAGCAUACAUGCGUUGAUCUAUGGGACACGAUAUCAACGUCGUGGAUUUCUAACGAAUGGCUUUCUGGAACCGGAGUUUAUUUGGAACGUAUUCGUCUGUAUGAGAAGACUGAUCAAGAGUUCUGGGUGGAUAACAUCUUCUUCGGCGUGAAGGAGGACUCAUACGGAGUUCGUGUUCCAGCUGCACGGCCAAAUGACAACUUCAUCCUUGACGCCUCCGUUGAAGCUACCAACUCCGGUUACAUUGUUGAGCUCGAGCCCGCUCAAUGCGGCCAUAACUUCCCUCUCAUCGGCAUCCAAGGUGGACAAAUUAAUGCUGGUUCCACUGACGCUGGGAGCGAUUUCGCAACAUAUAGCAGCCGGCUGUGGGAUGAUGGUGCUAGCGUAACGGUGUCGUCAGUCCAGCGCUCAACUCCUCCGGUACAAGGGACCUUCAAUCUCGCUCAGGAAGGAGGCGGUGAAGUUUAUGGCAUCAGUGGCCAGAGUACAGCAGCCCAGUUGAAGGAUGCUCUUGAGACAUACUUGGAUGUUGGUGAUCUCUCGGUGACGCGGUCCGGUGAAUGUACUGGAUACAGAUAUAACAUCAAAUGGGACAGCAAGGGAGGCGCUCAGGGAUUACUACAGGUAACAUCCAAUGACCUUUACAACAAUGUGACCUGGGUCAACGUGACAACAGCUCGUAUUUACGAAGGCAAUGUCUUCUUAUCCAAAAUCCCUGGAGAGUUCCUAAGGACAGUCAACGAUCACCCACAGGUGGAAGUGAUUGUGAAUGGUAUACCAUCUUCAUGUCAGAAUGAUUCCUGUAGCUUUCAGUACACCCCAGCUGCUACUCCCACAUUGAGUUCCAUCACUCCUUCUUCAGGAUCGGCCAACGACGGCACCUCUGUCGUGAUCAUUGGCACAGGAUUCAGUGAUAACAUCGGCGAGAACAAUGUGACCAUCGGUGGUGCAGAUUGCACGAUCACCGACGCCAAUGCGACAAGGAUUGAGUGCGAUGUUGGCCAAGCUCAGGGAGGAGUUUAUAACAUCUCUGUCAUUGUUGAUGGAAAGGGAAGUGCCUCCCUACCAUCAGGAGGGGUCGAAUUUGAGUACAGCUUUGAUGUUACCUCCAUCUCACCUGACGAAGGCAGUGCAGCAGGAGGAACUGAAGUAACCAUCAGCGGCUAUGGCCUUGGAGGUGACAAUGACGUUGAGGUUGCCAUUGGAAGUAAUGACUGUGAGGUCGUAUCUUCAUCCUACGACGAGAUCGUGUGUGUGAUUGUCGUUGAGGCAAGCUCCCGUCGCCGUCGUCGUUCCACCACCGAUGCUGACGUCGUCAUCAGCAUUGAAGGGGUAUCCGCUGUUAUCGUAAACAAUGGCUUCACCUUUGACACAAAUCUGACUCCAACAGUUAAUAGCCUCAGCCCCACAACCAGCAGUGUUGUCGGUGGUGAUGAUUUGACCAUUUCUGGAUCAGCCUUUGGUUCCAGCGGAGCUUCGGUCAUGAUUGGUUCAGCAUCCUGCGAGGUCACUGACCAAAGCGAUUCUUCCAUCACCUGCGUCUUACCGGCCAACGUUCCAGGAGAUUACGAAGUUGAUGUCGAGAUUGAAAGCAUCGGCUUGGCUGAUACUAGCGCCAUCGACCCAUUUAGUUAUGUCUUGGAGGUGACUGGAAUGUUUCCAUCCUCUGGGUCCCUCCAGGGAGGUACGGAGGUCACUCUGACCGGAGCCGGCUUCGGGACCGACCCUGAUAACAUCACCGUGACCAUGGGAGGAUUUGAAUGUCAGGUGACUGCUAUAGACGACGAUGAACUGACCUGCACAGCAUCAAGCUCAAGUGCCAAUCACCGUGUGGACAACCUUGGCAGACACAGUAAAUAUGGAAUAGGAUACAAAUGGAAUCCCCAGCUUGUUACUAUUGCUGCUGGAGACUCUGUAACCUGGUCUUGGACUAUUGAUCCAUAUGUGAACGGCAUCGGAUACGCAGUGCAGCAGACUGCCGAUGGAGACUCUGUGGGAUAUGAUGGAAGUGGCUUCUACAGCGGUGGAAGGUCUACUUCAUCUGGCUCUUACACCUACCAAUUCGACGUUCCCGGGACCUACUACUACUCCAGCGGAGGUGUCCGAAGCGAUGGUACCAUUUUCAUGAAAGGUGUGGUGGAGGUAUUGCCUGUAGCUUCCGUUGCCAUGGAACUUGAUGUUGUCUUAGGAGGAUUCAGUGCUAACCAUGAUGUCAACUCAGGAGAGUCCGAUCCCACCGGUGGUGGUGCAUGCUCCUAUGAGGACACCACCAUAUCCGGCUGCUCCUCGGCGUCCCCCAACAUCACAGACGACACCAAAUUCAACUUCAUCUUUGAUGAGUGCAUGACCCCAGCGAUUUCCAACAUCGCUCCACUGAUAGGGGACAGCUCCGAUACCAUCGUCAUUGAAGGCACCGGGUUCAGUGAUCAGGACUGCGCCAAUGUCAUCACCGUGGGCCAGUAUCCUUGCGUGACAACGUCUUCAUCAUCGACACGUUUGGAAUGUGAAAUCGAUACGCAGGAUGAGAUGGAGGUUGGAGUGUACCAUGAGAUUGCUGUUAACGUUGCCAAUCGAGGCUUUGCCAUCCAAGAGUCUCACAUCCUAGCCAACAGGUCCUUUGUGAUGUACCCCAGGAUUGACUCUGUGUCUGACUCAGAUGGGUCUAUCAGGGGUGGACUCACUUUGGUCAUACAAGGAGAUGGUUUUGCACCUGCUUCAGCCAGUAACAUCGGAGUUUACCUUGGAUCUCUUUCCUGCAGUAUCACCUACUAUAACUACACCUACAUAGAGUGCACUACGCCAUUAUCCUCAGUGUAUGGCUCACAGCUGGUGAGGGUCCAGGUGAAUUCAUUGUGGGCUGUUGGUGGCAGUUUCUUCAAUUACACAGAGUUACAGACACCAAGCAUCAGUGAUUGGUCACCAGGAAUCAUAAGUGGUUCUGGGACCAGCAUGACCUUCUCUGGAUCCAAACUGUCAUCUUCAAGUGACGACAUCAGCAUCACCAUCGGAGGGGAAACAUGCAGCAUCACCGCAGCCGGUGUGUCGGAGGUGGAAUGUGAUAUUGGUGCAGUUCCUGUCGGAACCCAAGACGUUCUCAUCAACGUUGCUGGUAAGGGACUUGCACUUUUCGACAGUGGAAAUGAUACCGUCGAAAGUGAGGCCAACAUCUUCUCAGUGAGUCCAUCGGAAGGAAGCACUCAAGGGGGUCAGUUGGUCAACAUCAGUGGUAAUGGCUUUGUUAAUGGAGCAACCGAAGUGACCAUUGAUGGCAGCAGCUGUGACAUCCAGUCUAUCAGCCUUUCAGAGAUUCAUUGCAUCACUCCUGCAAACUCCGCUGGAACCUACGACCUUGUGGUUGCCAGUAAUGGAGUCACCUACGACACUGAAGACUACGUCUACUCCUCAUCUUCCACACCCACCGUGACCUCCAUCACUCCCGGUUCAGGAGAAACGGGUACCAGCAUCACCAUAUCUGGAUCUGCCUUCAGUGAUGUUGCUUCAGACAUCACCAUCACCAUUGAUGGGGUUGAAUGCUCCAUCACAAGUGCUGCCUCGUCACAGAUUGAGUGUGAAAUUGGGGCUCACUCUGCUGGUGUCUAUGAUGUUAUGAUCCAUGUUGAUGGACUUGGAGAUGCUGAUAAUGCAGAAACAUUCGAAUAUGAACUCACUGUUUCAUCCACUUCACCUUCAACAGGAAGCUUUGGAGGCGGUCAAACCCUUGUGAUCGAAGGUUCAGGCUUUGAUAGCGAAACCACUAUGGUUACUGUUUGCGGCAUUGCCUGUCCUCUGUACAGUGUUAAUGAGACCACUGUGGAAUGUGACAUACCCGGCAAUUCAGAUUCCUCCAGCACUCUUGAUUGUGACAUCGUUGUUAGCCUUGCCAGUGGGUCCGAGGUAAGCGAGACGAAUGCCUACCAGUAUCGACGUGAUAUGACCCCCGUUAUAGACUCUGUCUUUCCUGCAAGGGGUGGGACAGGGGGCGGAACGACUGUCACCAUUACCGGUCAGGACUUCUUGGACUCUGGUAACGAGGUAACUAUUGCUGGGACUUCAUGCUCCAUUCUGUCUGAGAACUCUACAGUCAUUACUUGUCAGACAGGUGCUCAUUCACCAUCUGAAAGGUCACAGGUCAGAGUUCAAGUUGGCUCCAAUGGCAUAGCGACCCAGGAUAAUGCUGACUAUUUCUACAUUGAUGUCUGGUCAUCUGUUUACACCUGGGGUGGUAACGAUCCUCCUGUUGAAGGUGACUUUGUGAUCAUUCCACAAGGCCAGACCAUCCUCUUGGAUGUCACUACACCAAUCCUCAGUGUUCUCCUCAUUCAAGGUGGUGAAAUGAUAUUUGAUGAGGCUGAUAUUGAACUGCAUGCUGAGUAUGUGGUGGUUACCGAUGGAGGUCACUUUGAGAUUGGAACCGAAGAGGAACCAUUCCAGCAUGAGGCGAGUGUUGUCAUGCACGGUCAUGUGAGGUCUAUUGAGCUCCCGUUGUUCGGUGCGAAGACGUUUGCCGUUAGGAAUGGAACAGUUGAUAUGCAUGGAAUCCCGACACCUAUUACCUGGUCUUACCUUGCGGAGACUGUGAGUGCAGGAGAUACUGAACUCACCCUCAUGGAUUCUGUUAAUUGGAGGAUUGGCGAUCACAUUGUCCUUGCUUCUACUGGAACCAGGCACAAGCAAACUCAAAAUGAAGAGGUGGAAAUCACAGGUUUCUCCAAUGAUAAUAUGACAAUUGAGUUCACCCCUGCAGUGGAGUUUGAUCACAUCUCUGUGUCUCAGGUGAUUGAUGGUGUCCUAGUGGAGACGAGAGGUGAGGUCGGACUACUCACCCAUAAUGUCAAGAUUAGAGGAUCCGUCCAUGAGGAAUGGGUGGAAGAAGUAGAGGCAUGCCCAGAUGAAUUUGACACAAAUCAAUUUGCUACCCAGACAUGUUUUCAAGGGCGCUUUGGUGCAGAAACCGUCACUGAUCAGUUUGGCUCACAGAUCAUGUUCUUUGCCAAGGAGCAGGACACCCAUCUGGUUCGAGGUCGUUUUGAAUAUGUGGAGGUGACCCAUGCUGGUCAGGCUUUCCGUCUUGGUCGCUACCCGAUCCAUUACCACAUGAACGGCAACAUCACUGGGUCAUACGUGAGAGGAUGUGGUAUUCAUCACACCUUUAACAGGGCCGUUACUAUUCAUGGUGUCCACCAUCUCCUAGUGGAACACAAUGUAGCCUUCAAUGUGAUGGGUCAUGCCUUCUUCCUGGAGGAUGGAAUAGAAACCAAGAACAUCAUCCAGUACAACCUUGCCGUCUUUGUCCGACCAAGCAGCAGUUUACUGAAUGUGGAUGUGACUCCUGCCUCCUUCUGGGUGACAAACCCUGAUAACUACAUCCGUCACAAUGCCGCAGCUGGUGGUAGCCAUUUUGGAUUCUGGUACAACAUGCCCUCCCAUCCUGGAGGACCAUCCUUCACAACAUCUGUCUGUCCACAGAAUGUCCAGGUCCUAGAGUUUUACAACAACACAGCUCACACCAUGGGAUGGUACGGUAUUUGGAUCUUCCCAACAUAUUUCCCUACGACUGAUGGCAGCUGUGGUGGUACUGCUGGUCACACUGAAUUCCACAACCUCACAGCAUGGCGUACCGAACGUGGAGCAGAAGGUGUACUUGUUGGACCUAUUCAGUUCCAUAAUUUCCUCAUGACAGACAAUGAGGUUUCAGGAAUCGAGUUCCAAACCGUUGGGAGUGUUUGGGGAGAUGAUGGUCCAAUGGUCAAGGACUCUGUUAUUAUAGGAUACACACCUGAACUUGCUGAAGGCCAAGCGGCGGAUCGAUGCACAUCAGCUGGAAUCCACUUACCAAAGUCCAAGUUUCUCACAGUGGAUGGGGUGAAAUUCAUUAACUUUGAUGAAGACAGAUGUGUUACACUAAGAGCAUGUGCUCAUUGUAAGCCCAGACAGGGAGGCUUCCAACAUCGCUUCAAGAACCUCAUCUUUACUGAUUCUCCAAACAAGGCUGCCUUCCAGUGGGAACACGAGACUUGGUUUGAAGAUAUGGAUGGAACCCUGACUGGGAAUGCUGAUUACAUUGUUACUCCUAAAAACAACGGUCUACCACCCGAUAAUUGUGACUUUGAUGUGGAUGGCUUCAAUAAGGGUGUUGAUGGGGCAGUUUGUGAUGAGUCUGUCAAAUUGCAUAGAAUGGCCUUUAAUCAAGCAUUCCCUACAUCUCUGAAUUACAAGAACACUAUUAUGACCAACAGUCAUGGUACAACUGUUAUUCCUUACAAGAAGAAGAGACUCACUCAUCCAACUGGAUGGAUGUUGACCCUGGUGGAAACAGAGACAUACAACUUUUAUUUUGAGAAUGUUGAUCAUGUCACCAACAUCUCUUACUCGGCCAGGUUUGAUGAGUUCAGUGAUGGGGACUAUGUUAUCAUGAACCACAAUUUCACCCAGAGUCCAGAUGCCUUUGCUCUAACAGGACAGGUGACAGAGAAUGUUGGACGUCCUCUGGAUUACGUGGAAGACGAAAAUGCGGAAUGGUACUUCAACAACGAGACCAACAAUCUGUUCUAUCUCAUUUCUGGAAAGGGUCAGAACUCACCAGUGAGUCGGUCAGUGAACCUUGAUGUUUACCGCUGCUACUACAAGGAUUGCAUCCCACCUGUCCCAGAGGCUCCACCUGCACCUCCUGAUGGCAGACCUAAUAGCACCCUCUACUGGAGUGAUGCAGCAGCUUGGGAAGAUGUCACUGAGGGAUGGGGUGGUAACACAGGAUCAGGCAGCAGUGUCCCAGAGAAUGGUGACAAUGUCAUGAUCUACCCAGGACGAUGGAUUGUGGCCAAUGACACCCUGCCUUGGAUGCACAAGCUCUUCAUCUAUGGUACCCUGGAGAUUGAUGACUCCAAAGACAUGGUAAUCAAUGCUACCUACAUCCUGAUCCAAGGUGGACGUCUUAUCGCAGGAUUCAACGAAACACGACCUUUCACCCAUGAGCUCCGUAUCAUUCUAAAUGGUCAUCAUUUUACCCAGGACAUCCCUCUUCCUAAUGGACCCAACCUUGGAUCCAAGGCUCUUGGUGUCUUUGGAACCCUAGACCUCCAUGGUGUUCCGCGGGACGUGACAUGGACCCACCUUGCCUCAACAGUUGAGGCAGGGGACAGCGAAUUUACUGUGGCAGUCGAUACUGAUUGGCGCGUGGGUGAUGAGAUCGUAGUGACAACAACAUCCUAUGAGCAAUGGCACACAGAAACCUUCAGAAUCUCCUCUAAGACGAAUGCCAGGACUUUCAGUGUCAAUGGAACAUUUGCUCAUAUGCAUACAGUGGAGUCAGCUGAGAUCAACGGCAAGGCCUACACCAUCGCUGCCGAGGUGGGUCUUCUGACACGCAACAUCGUCAUCGAGGGAAAUGAUUACGAUCUGCUUUUUGAUGAAUCUUUCGGUGCAAGGACAAUCGUUGGCUCGUUCAUCCAAGAUGGAGAAUUCUAUAGAGGCUCGGGUCACUUUGCCAACAUAGAAUUCAAGCUGACCGGUCAAGAAGGAUGGACAGACUUCUACGAUCCUCGCUAUUCUUUGGCCUUCUUGGACAUUGGUGAUGUCCUGGAGGAUCCUGUACCCUCAUACGUCCAUAGCUGUACCUUCCACAAUGGGUUCAGCCUUGCCAUUGGUGUCUUUGGAACAGAUAAUAUUGAAAUUGACAACAAUGUCAUUCACCAUUCUGUUGGAGCAGGUAUCAAGACAUAUGGAACCAACACCAUGAUCACCAACAACCUGGUGAGCUUGAUGGUGUUCCCAGGAACAUACCAAGACAGAUUCGAACCAGAGAAUAUUGACUGGAUGGGUGGUAUUGAUGUUGUCGAGGCAACAAAUCCAAUCCUCAUAAACAACACAGUGGCCGGGUCUGAACGGGUUGGUUUCAACAUCAAAGGAGAGCUAUGCAGUGACCCUAACGUCUGGUCCAACAAUGUGGCUCAUUCCAACUACCAUGGUGUGCACAUUCUCAAGACAGGACGUGACCCUUGCACGAAGGUCAACGAUUUCUUCAGCUACCGUAACCUUGAUUACGGACUCUAUGCCCUCACUCCCUCUACCCUCGAGGUCACUGAAUCUAUUUUCGUUGAUAACACAGCCGGGAUGUUGGUCCAUGACUACGGACCAUCUGCUUUGUCUCAUGUACGUGCUGAUAAGCAUGUUCUAUUGAAGGACUCACUCGUUGUUGGAUACAGUGACAGUUUUGAUUGUGAUGUUGAUAAGGUUACUCCUGAAGGGGCAGCACAGAGUAGCAAACAGCGGGCUACCAAAUCACCCAACGGUGGAGCAGUCGGUGUGUACUUCACGUCUUUCAAGGGCUCCUCAGGAGGUGCUCCAUUCAAACCUUUUACUUCUGUCAUGAGCUACCCAGCCAUCAGUGGCAGGACAAUCCUUCAAGGUGUAACAUUUGCCAAUUUCAAUGACAAAUGUUCCUCUGGAGACAAGGUGAUCAUGACGAGCCCUCAAAGCGGCGAUGCCAUGCACCCCAUCGAAGUGGAAGGACUGACAUUUGUUGAUACUCCUACCAAGAAUUAUAUAUGGAUCCAUCGGCCAGCCCUUGGCCUGGUGAAUCCUUCUGAUUGUGUAGACAUGGACUGUGAUGCCAUGAAGAAAGCCAUGAUUAAAGAUCAUGAUGGGAGUCUGCUGGGAAGUCCAGGGACUGUUAUACCCGAUUCUGCUUUUGAGUGGGACGGGGAUCCAAGGCGUGGACUCGGAGACUACCGUAUUCCUAAGAUGAUGCUCACCACCCCAGAUGGUGCCAGGAUUCCAAAGGAUGAUAUCGCCCCUAAUAAUGGUAUCAUCCGUAAUGAUGAUUGCGAGUGGAAUAACAGAUGGCAGGCCUGGGAAUGCCAUGGUCUAGAUCACAUGAUGAUGAUUGUAGAAAGUAUGGAUGCAGACACCGAAGUGCGCCGUGUCUCUCCUGUUGCCCUUCAUGCUGAUGGUUAUGUGGAUCUUAUCAACGGACCUCAGGACCAUGGCUGGUGUCUUGGAUACACUUGCCAGGAGAGAAUCAGCACCUUCUACACCAUCGUGGCUACAGACAAGAAUUAUGAGCUCUUCUUCACAGGCACCAAUCCCCAGAGUCUUCGCUUCCAUCUGCUGAAUGCAAACGAGUCCCAGGCACUGACUGUCGGUAUAUGGUAUGCCAAUCCUCAGCGCCUGGACGUCUAUGUCGACGGACUCUACAUCAUUCCUAACAACGGACAGUACGUCAAUGGCGGGCUUCAGUGGAUUGCCCCAUCUCCAGGUAAUGACUUCAUGCCUUCCCUCAAUUCAAUGGUUCGUGGAGAGAACUACUUUGACCGUGAGUAUCAGACCCUCCACAUCCUUGUCCGAGGGUCUACCUACGUCGAGAUCAGGACCACCCCUGUAGUCAUCACAACCUUUGGCGUUCCUGCCGUUGAGGUCGAUGAUUUCUUUGAGGAGAAUCUGGUAGAGAACCUUGCCAACUUGCUGAACAUCGACCAGUCACAGAUUAGAGUCGUUGAGAUCAUUUCAGAGGCCAGCCGGAAAAAGAGGUCAACUGGUUCUGACACAGAAGUUGUCAUAGAAAUCGGAGCAAAUCCAGUUGCAUCUGUUUCUACUGAUGAUAACAAUGGAACAACUCCUGCUCCUUCUGGUACAGCUGCACCAACAGAGUUGAGCUUUGAUGAUCUGACCGAUGUCCAGGCCAUGCUUGCCGACGAGAUGCAGACUGGCAACCUUGGAGACAGUCUUGGAAUCACUAUUAACUCCAUGAGCAUGACUGAUCCUGUGGACACUCCAAAGGAUCCUACAGGAGGUGUAAGGGCUACCAACAUGACUGGUGGACCAGCCAAUGGCACCACCACGUAUGCUGAACAGCAGGCAAUGGAGGAAGAGUUGGCCCUGGAAACUGUUGGUCAGCCCACAGUGUACGUUGUUGCUUCUACCAUGGUCCUUGAAGUACAGCCAGAUGAUGCCAUCGAGCAAAGUGAUUUCGGAAUCCAACCAAGAAUCAAGGUUCUUGAUAAUCAGGGUAACCGAAUCGACCAGCUGGGUACCCCUAACAGUCCAUGGCAGGUAACGGCAACCAUCAGCAGCAUGUCCUCUGAAGGCAACAUAGGAUUCACCUCCGACAACCAAACCAUUUCAUUCAACGGAGGCUGGGCCAACUUCACCGACCUUGGUGUCAACAUCAGUGCCACCGACCUAGUCCUCCAGUUCACCAUCACCUACCCCAAUACAUCCAGUCUGACUGUUAGCAGUGAGCCUUUUGAUGUGGAUGUCCAGCCAUAUCAUCUUGAGAUCAUCACGGAACCUUCUUCGGAUGUGAUUGAGAAUGAGCCAUUUGAGGUUAUUGUUGAACUAAGGGAGACACAGACCGGCGAUGUGCCCACGAAUCUAGCUGAUAAGGGCUUUGACUCCUGGCCAGUGACAAUCUCAAUUUCUGACCCUACCAAUUACCGAGGUGAACUCGUUGGUGAUCUCAGUACCACAAUGGAUCUGUCCACAGCACAAGCCUCCUUCACCCUCAGCAUCAACGAAGCCAGCUAUUACUACAUCCUUGAUAUAUCUGUAGUCACAUCACCCUCCAGCGCCUACCAGGCUAGCAUAAGUCUGGACCCGUUCAAUGUCGUGGCUGAAAACACUGCCGUGAACUCUGGCGAGACUGCAUCGCUUACGAUCAGGUUCAACUAUGAUUAUUCUAGCAUUGCCGAGGGCAACGAGGAGCUGAUUGCUGCCAACUUCUUGAAUCACAUCGCUCCUAACUAUGUGAAUGCUACCUUUUCCAAUGUCCAGGUUUCAGAAGGAUCCAUCUUGAUCUCGUUUGACAUCACCGGCGACGUGGAGACCGUCCAGAGCCUGAUCUGGGAAGACAUCCUAGACGGUGACCUUAGCUUGACAUUUAACGGUCAAACCCUAUUGGCUGAAGAGUAUCUGAUGGUAGAUGGCGCCCCCUAUGAACCAACAUCAUCAUCAAGUGGUCUACCGAUCUGGAUCAUCAUAGUAGUGGUGGUAGUCGUUGUCGUCCUCGUUGCCAUUAUCAUCCUUGCAGUCUUUAUGGUCAAGAAAAAUAGCCAUGGUAAAAUAACUCAGAUGGAUGAGAUGCCUCUCGCUACCACUAAGGAGUAUGGUGAUAAUGGUGAUAUGAAGGUGAUGAGCUUCAUAGGUUCUGAGAGUAGUCUGGUUCAUCCAUCCCUGGCUCCUACCUUGCAUAUCGAUCGCACACCAACACCUGAUGAAGGAUUGGUCAACAAGCAUCUCCUGUUUGACGAUGAGACAGACAGCCAGCGUAGCACCUUGUCGGCUCGUAGCCGCUCACCAGGAUUGCACUUGGCUCGGAGAUCACCAGAGGUCGCUGUUAGUGCAUUGCCUCCUGGUUUCUUAGAAGGCCAGCUGGAGACUGAACUCGCCGAUCGCGUCAAACUCUUCAUCAUGGUGAAGAACUCUGACGGCACAUUCCAAAAGCUUGGCGAGGUCGCUGCCAACAUGGUCGGUACGAUCAGCCAGCUCCGUCAUGAUCUCAAGGACACUGCUCUACCCCACAAGGUCAGGGACAAGCCUUUUGUCAUCCUCAAGGAAACACUGGCUGAGAUUCUACCAGGCGAUGAGAAGAAGCUGAUGGUUAACGAGGUCUACUCCUCCGACUGUGUUCUCCUCAAAUGGGUCGACAAUGAAGACAUCACCCAGUUGUGUAUCUGCGGUGUGGUCGGCCAGUUCCAUUGCUCCCUGUGUCAGAAGCAGACGUACUGCAGUCCACAAUGUCAAUCUACCGACUGGCCUCGCCAUAGCUUCAAGUGUUCACAAUGGGCCACAGAAUGAUUCUAUGCAAAUAGUGAUUCAUAUAGUUAGGCAAUCUAAUUUGGUGAUGUGUGUGUGAACAUCACCAAUAGCUGUAUAAUGAGAACAAAAGUAUCUUAGCACUUUUUACAUUCAUGCGAAUUAUGUAUUUGACUUAAUGAUGUGUGUGAUCACCACCUUAGUGCUUCUUAAAGUUAGGCAGAUUUGCUUGAGUAACUUGAUGAAUAUGAUUGUGAUCACCACGAUUUGCAGUUUUGAUCACAGUUGGGCAAGAUUACUCUUGCUUUAUAAGUGUGUGUGAUCAUCAUUGAUUGCCUUGUAAGUUUGGAGAAAUUAUCCCUGCUUUAUAGAUGCGUGUCAUCAUCAGGUGUGCGUUGUACAGGUAAAAGUGUGAAUUCGUUGAUGUUUUUUAAUGAUCAUGAGUUUUAUACUAUGCAAAUAUUUCAUGCUUUUAACCUGAAUAAUCAUUACCGAUCUGAAUAUACACUUGAUAUUCAAGACUGCAGAUAUGAAAUGUUUGUUAGAAGCAUCACACAGAUUGCGCAAGAAUAAGUUUAUUUUGUUUUCACUUGAACAUAAUAUGGGAAGUAGAAAAUUAUUGGAAAGCCUAAUUUUACAAUGUGUGUUUUUUUAAGUCAAGCAUCUGGUCACCUAUUCAUGAUUACAUUUUAUGUAUACUUUGUGUCUGGGCAUGAUACCACUAUUUACGAGGCAUUUAUGAGGCAUACUUGCACUGUAACUUUUAUAGAAUGUGUAUAGACACUUGACCAAAUAUUUAUUGAACUUAUGUCUCAGAUUUCUUACAUAAAAUACAAACAAUACCGUCCAUAUACAUAGUCAUUCCAGACACAAUUAUCAAGAUGAAUAAAAAUUGUGUGUGUAUGUUUGUGAACAUAUGCUGUGGCGCUAGGCAGGGUUUCAGCAUUUGUCUUUGUAUUAAAGUCACUUGUACAUUCCGUCCAUUGUAAAUGUUGUUUUAUAUCGAUACUUUAUGAAAGUAAGGAAUUAGUGUGUAUAGUUUGACCAAGGCAUUCAUAUGCUUAUAAUUUGAAUGAUGUGCUUAUAUGUUUGAAUGUUGUGUGGCAUUUUUAAACAUUCCUUUGUAAAUAAGUUUAAAAAGGGAGGAAAAAUAUAAGAGAACUUAUGAUGACCAUGAUAAUUAAUUACAUCGGUUGGAAGAGCCUUUUGAAUAAGCCAGAAUACAUUCAGACCCUAAAAAGUAGUUUUUUAACAUAUCUUUGCAAAAUUCUAAUUCUUAAAUGUUUUGGGAUUGUGGUUGUAGUAAUUAUUUUAUAAAGAUAUCAUGAGAAUGAUAUUCUCAUCUAUCAGUAGUCUAAAACUGUUGAACAUUAUAUUCAAAGGUACAUGUAUUUGCCUAUUACAUAUGUCCUUGUAUGUAAAUACGAGCUCACUUUUAGUAGAUGGAAUUAAAUUCUCAACACCAAUGUAGCUUUACAGUCUUUUUACAGAUCAAAUUAGUUUUUUAAGAAUGAUAAAUGUCAUAAACGAUUGACUGGGAUAUCGAGCUCAAUUUUAGUAUAUGCUCAUUAAUUCUGUUUGAUGUGCAGUGUCUUGAUUUGUAACUAAUUU